AUGACAUCGCGGUCGAAGGAAAAGGUAGCGGCGGCGUUCAGGAAAUUGUUCCGAAGCUCUGAGAAGAGGGAUAAUGAUGGCGCUGGACCGAGCGGUUCUCCUGCUAGAAGGGGCUUGUUCAGGCGACACAGAGACGGAGUAACACCGGCCGAAACAACUGCAAGUUUACCAGCCAGUCCAACAGGCAAUUCACUAUCGAGGAAAAAAGCUGGAGCUGCAACUGAUGUAAGAGAAAGAGCAGCAGCGGUGCGCACACGCCGACUUAUGAAGGAGCUCAAGGAAAUUCAGCGAUCACAUGAAAACCGGUCCGAUCCAGUGUUUACGGUUGAGCUGGUGAAUGAUAAUCUAUUCGAGUGGCACGUACGCCUGCACCAGAUCGAUCCCGAGAGCGAGUUGGCGGCGGAUCUUCGGGAGUUGAACAUUUCCAAUAUUCUCCUGCAUCUCGUUUUCCCAGAGAAUUUUCCGUUCGCUCCGCCGUUUAUGAGAGUCAUCGAGCCCCGAAUAGAGAAGGGAUUUGUUAUGGAAGGUGGAGCAAUAUGCAUGGAACUAUUGACGCCCCGUGGCUGGGCAUCAGCCUACACAGUGGAGGCAAUCGUGAUGCAAUUCGCUGCUUCAGUAGUGAAGGGACAAGGGCGGGUUGCGCGUGCGCCGCCUCGCUCUUCUAGAGAGUUCUCAAAGAGACGAGCAGAAGAGGCGUUCCGAUCACUCGUCAAGACACACGAUAAAUACGGCUGGGUUACGCCUUCAUUGUCAGAUGGUUGA